AUGGCCAACUAUCCUGUACCAACGCAAAGCGACGAUGAAGUCAAGGAGACUGCAGGUGCUGUCAUCACCAAUUUAGGCUUCGACUCGCACUCGGCACAAGAUGACGACACCACAAUCGACAAAGAAGCCCAGGCCGGUGUUCAAGGUGUUGAAGCCAUCACCAGCGUCUGGUCUCAAACCUCAAUCAUCUUCUCAGUUGCUUUCGUUUGGAUCGUCUACUUUGUUAUGCUCAUGCAACAAGGCACUACUGGAGCGCUGACUCCCUAUAUAACUUCAGCGUUCCAGUUGCACUCCCUCACGCCUACGGUUACGGUCCUAAGUUCCGUUAUCGGAGGAGUAUGUAACUUGACCGUCGCCAAGAUCCUCGACGUCUUUGGGCGACCGCAUGGGUAUGCCGCGGCCCUUUUUAUCGCUACCAUCGGUCUCAUCAUGAUGGCCGCUACGACAAGCGUUGAGAUGUACGCCGCUGCUCAGAUUUUUUGGACUGUUGGUACAAACGGGCUUCUCUAUACCGUUGGUAUUUUUGUCGCAGAUAUAAGUAGCCUGCGCAAUCGAGCUCUUAUGUCGGCAUUGGCAUCAUCUCCGAAUAUCAUCACUAUAUGGCUCGGUGGUCCAAUUGCGGAAGCUUUUCUCAAAGGGCCAGGCUGGCAAUGGUGCCUGGGUCUCUUUACCAUCAUGGUCCCAGUCAUGUGUCUGCCCUUGUUUGGCUUGUUGAUAUUCAACUAUCACAAGGCGAAAUCCCAGGGUAUUGUCUUCAAGGAGAAGGAGACACGACUCUUUACUCAGUCGCUCGUCUACUACUUCCGCGAGUUCGACGCUGUCGGACUCAUUCUGGUAUCUGCUGGUCUCGCAAUGUUCCUCUCGCCGUUCAACCUCUACGCACUACAACCCCUAGGAUGGAAAUCUCCACUCAUAAUCUGCCUGUUAGUCUUCGGCAUACUGCUGAUGAUACUCUUUGUUAUAUGGGAGAGAUUUUUUGCACCCGUUACUUUCAUUCCCUACGACCUGCUGCUCGACCGCAACGUGGUUGGUGGUUGUGUACUUGGUGCGGUUCUCUUUAUCAGCUAUUUUUGCUGGUUUAGCCUGUUUGGCUCUUUUCUCCAAGUCGUCAACGACCUCAGCGUCACAAAUGCCAGCUACGUAGUCCAGAUCUACGGACUUGGGGGCAGCCUGUUCGCUUUUGUGGCGGGCCUUGUCAUUCGGUACACUGGUCGCUUCAAGCCAAUCACGCUAUAUGUUGCUAUGCCUAUUUACACCCUGUUUAUGGGCCUCUUGAUUUACUUCAGGGACCCAGACAUGUCUAUUGGCUACAUCAUCAUAUGUCAGAUUUUUCUCUCUGCUUCUUCCGGUAUACUAAUGCAGACACCUCAGCUCUCUGCCAUGGCCGUGUCCAAGCAUCAACAUGUUGCAGUCAUGGUUGCGCUUGUUUCUAUGUUCUCUUCUAUCGGUGGCGCCAUAGGCUCUACGGUUUCCGGUGCAAUCUGGCAGGCCGUUUUCCCAGUCAAAUUGGCCGAAUACUUGCCGGUAGAGGAACAGCCAAAUCUGCUCACUAUUUAUAGCAUGAUUGAAACGCAGCUCUCUUAUCCAGUCGGGACGCCUACCAGAGCAGCAAUCCAACGCGCCUACGGAGACGCACAAGCAAUGAUGUUAGCUGCAGGAACUGCUAUUUGGGCUAUCGCCUUUGUUGCUGUGGCAUUUUGGCGAGACAUUGACGUUAGAACCAUAAAGCAAGUCAAGGGACAUAUUAUCUAA